AUGAAGGAAGUAGUACAAACUGCCAAAUAUGAACACCCUUCCGCCUCCUUUAUUUUGGAUCUUGCCGACCCAAUCUGGUUAAGCAAGUUCACAAGGGAUGAAUUUAAAGAAAUCAAGUAUUUUAAUAAUAAAAAGCCAGAAAAAAUCAAUAAAGAAUUAGAAGAAUAUAUUGAUUCUUUUGAUAAAGAAGAGCUUAAAACUGCUGGUGAUUAUUAUAACGAAGCAAACAAGAAGAAUUUUGGAUUUGGUGGAUCAUAUGAUCAACGCUGGAUUCAACGUUCCAUUAUUGAUGCUGCUGAACUUUUUGAAUUCAACGAUAUUAUAAAUUUAGUCGACUUUUCAGAAGAAGAUUUACACCACCACGUCUGGCUAUUUGUAUAUACUUGUUUUAGAUCUGGAGGCAUUGAAGCUAAGCUUGGAGAACGCGGAAGCGUUGCAUCCGCUAUAGGAAGAAAUGUAAAAAGAGGCUUAGAAGCUUUAGAAAGAAGAGAGAGAAAAGCUUCAGGGGCCAAGGUAGACAUUCUUUUUAAGGCAGGAGGUAUUAAUGAAGUAGGCUGCUCUGAAAUUGGCAAAGACAACGUACUAGCAAUCGAUGACAAAUACUUGGAUGAUGGUAUGAUUAAAUUGCCCAAGACUCUUCGACAUAUGUUAAAAGAAUUGGUGCAAGUGAAUCCUAGUAAAAUAAACGAGCUAUAUACCGUGGGAUUUCUGAUGAUGGGUCUCGAAAUGGAGCUCGUAAUCAUGGAUAUUCCAGCUGGCAAGACAAUAACUAGAAUCAGCAGAAGUAAGAGGUACCCUUUUCCUAGCAAAGCUUCAAAUAUUGGAAAAGAUCUUCUUCCUUUAUUACAGGCAACUUUGUCAGGAAAACAACUUAUGGAAAGCUUGGUAAAGUUAAUUGAUACCCGUAAAAGAAAGGCUUUUAUAUUGUUUGAUGAAGACGAUGAAUCCACCACCACCAUUCCUAAUUGCUUUGAAAAUAAUUAA